CAACCAGUAGGACUGGAUAGGUGUGGUGGCGUGGCACCUGCCGCCAUUGAGGAUGGCGGCAGCUCGCCCAUCAGGGCUGUACAGAAAGGACCGCCACCCAGUGGGGAAAAAUAUCUCGGUUAAUCUCAUCCGGGAAAAAAGGAGAAGCUGGAUAAGGUUCGUGGGGGGGAGGAAGCAAGAGACGGGCUCUUCCAGAUCUGGUGGUUCCGCCAUUGCUCGGAGCCGCAUCAUCAGCCAGCCAGGAUGUCAUACCCAUCUGAAUAUACGCUAUUUCGCACGGAAGGAAAAUUUUGGCAUGGGCCUGAUGGGGUAAAAGUGAGUCCUGAUUGCCCAUUUGUGAUCAGACGGAUGGCAGAGCUCAAGGAUAAACCGUUCCAACAAGUGCGACACCAGAUAAUGAAGGUUUUUCAAUUGAAUGAAGCAACACACGAGCUCACUUUGCAGCACCUUGUGUAUCCAAGGACAGAUCCUGGCACUCCUCCAUGCAAUGUACUGAUUGAUAUAAUAGGGGAGGAUUCCUGGAGGACAUUUCUAAAUGUUGCAGCCCGUAAUGUUCGCUCUUUCAGAUUGUUCGCCAGAUGGAAUGUCAAGGAAACAAGCUCUGCUCCCAAUUCAACAGACAGCAAUAACACAACAGUUCCAGACGAAGCUGAUGAAUCCGAUGAUGGGAGCUGGCCAAAUUGCAAGCACGAUAGACCAUGCACCAUCGAAACCUCAUGGCGCACCGAAGACCCAGGUCGAAGGCUCUUCCGCUGCCCUCUCUUCAUGCAUUCCGGAGAAGACUGCAAGUUCAGCAAAUGGUUGGACAAGAAGUUCCCUAAGAAGGCAAUCAAAGUCAUCAACAGACUCCAGGACGACGUUGAAUCCCUCCAGCAGCAAGUCGAGAACAUGAAGUGUGAGCUUGAGGAACUCUGUCACCGUCAGCACAAAAGAGCUACCAAAGAAGCUGUUGCAAGUGAUGGAGACAGGUGCCUGAGUGGCAGCAGCCCUUGCGACUUGGCUUGCCGUAGCCGAGGCGAACAGACACGCCCAAGCAAGGCUCCUAGAUUGGCCACGGACAAUUAGGCCUCCAAAUAUGCAGAGUGGUAUGUGGCUCCAUGCUAUCAUUUGUAACGGAGCUCCCAUGUUCAUUUUGUUGCAACCGUCAUGCUCUGAGGAUGCGGUAGUUUAUCUGUUGGUUAUUGUUGAACAAUUCAUCGUAGGAUUUCAAUGAGACGCUGAACAUUCUGAA